AUGGCCAGCUCGAGCUACCGCCAAUGGUUUACAACGCAGCAUGUUCUUGUCGGACUGGUAGCUGCUGCAGUCAUUUUCCCUGCGAUUUCACAUUCGAUACGCGUCUUGUCCUCGCCUGUGACGCUCUUCUUCCUUUCGCCUUUCAUUGUUCUCAGCGUCCUACUUGCGUUUGUGGCGUCAAACGUCGGGUUGGGACUUGUCCUGGAUGCGUACCGAGACUCGAGUGCAGUUAGAGCACCCACACGUCUGCGGGCGGCAGCGCGUCCGUUGGCGUUUACAACUCCAGCGGCAUGGCAGGCAGUACUAAUUCGGUCGCAAUGGUCUGCGAAAGGACCAUUGGACCUCCCACCUCUGAUUCCACAACACCAAACCCUGUCCAGCUCGAUCAACCAAGUCAUUAAUCUCAUUGUGCGCGACUUCGUGCUCGUUUGGUACCAGCAAAUCUCAUCUUCUCCGACAUUCCCAGGAGCAGUUUCGAAGACGAUACAUGCUGCUCUCGACAAUAUCCUCCAUCGCCUCACCCGGAUUGACCUUCCAACGCUUAUCGUCAAUCGCAUAUUGCCAAGGGUCACGGCCCACAUCGAACAAUUCAGACAAUCAGAAAUGGCCGUAAGAGGAGCCGGUUUGGAGCGGCAUCUGACUCAGUCCGACGAGCUCGACAUGCUCCUUGCAAGUCGCUAUGCCGCGCACGAGCCAACCAACCGUCUGCACCCCGCAGUAUCAAACCUCUCAACCAUGUCGACUAAACAGACUGAAGAAGCUCAUUUGCGCUCAAUUGUCGAUGGAAUCCUACCAUUGAUUUUGCCCGAGAAAGAGGCCAACAGCAAGGCUGUUCAUAUUGUCGCGCGCGAGGUUGUCUCCUGCAUCGUCCUAUGGGAAGUCAUGGAACUAUUGUCGGAUCCAGACGUCUGGAACCGUGCAAUUGACGAGGCAGCUGGUGCUGCCAUUCGCCAGCAGAAGCUUAUUUCGAAGGUUCGAUCCAUAUUAGAUACGGAGCCGACUGGUCCUCAGCCCUCAAGCCCACCCGCAUCGCAAACUGAACACAUUAACUCUCGCACUGGCAUUCGCCAUUUCGAGUCUUUUCUUAAGAGUAUUAGUAGAACAGACUCUUUGCUCGAUGCCAGGAGACUCAAGAACGACAUCACCAACGAGAUCCGGAAGACGCGCCUCCUCCUUGCAAAUCAUGAGAAUGAGGAGCUAAUCAAUGGAGAAAAGACAGAGGAUAUUGUGGCAUACCUCGACCGCCUCUAUACAGCCAAGAAGAAAGUGGAAAAGCGUAUUGAAUUGCUCGGUGGCGCAGCCGAUGAUUCUAGGCAAUCGGUUAUGAUGGACUCUCCGAGUGUUUCGCAAGCUCGACAUUCCCUUCGCGAGAUUCUGGCCAACCCCAACGCGUUGUCAUACUUCAUGGAGUUUAUGGACCGCCGGAAUCGUUCUUCGAUGGUUCAAUUCUGGCUUCACGUAGAGAGUUUCAAGAAUCCACUCGAGUCAGUCGAGUCUGGGGAUGAAAGCGGGGAUGAAGGUGCGCUGAAAGCCCCGGGUAUCUCGUCAGUUUCCGGCACGGUCAAGGACGACAUAAAAGGAAUCUAUGAGAUGUACUUCGCCAAUCCAAUCCCUGGAUCACCUCUCGUGAAGAUCAUCAACCCGAGGCGUGUUGCUCGUAUUCGAGAGUUCGCCGAAUCGAAUGGGACGCCCACCUUACCUCAGGAGAGACGCGUGAGGCGGAGUGUGCUAUUGGCACAACGCCAGGUGGAAAAGGAGAUGGACGAGGACUUCUCAGAUUUUGAGCGAAGUGAUCUGUGGUUCCGUGCUGUGCACGACAUGGAACCCAAGCGUAGCUCUGCUCCUCUUCCACCAGCUCAAGGUCAGAAGUCUCCGGAAAUACCGACCUCUUCUCCGAUUCAAGAGCUUGUUACCAGUCCAGUGUCAAUUCUUCGUUCGAAACCAAAGUCGGCACAUCGCCCUACCUUCCUUGUACCGGCACCUGGCAUUCGACGAGCGGAGACAGCACCCGUAUUAUCGGGAGGUACCGAAGAACCAGACGAGUUGCCACAUCUUCGCGCUUCCAAGACGCCGACUAAUCUGGACCUUCUAUUUGGUGCGACCGAGGCAGGCAGUCAAGAUGACCGAUCGCCUCUCUUUGCCGAGAAACCGAUCACGGAGGAAGAAGAACAGUCCCAGCGCAUGGAGGCUAUCCAAGCAGCUCUGACGGAUAUCAUUGCCGAUGAACGCCGGCAAUCAGAACGACCUUUGAGCAUGGCGUCUUCAGACGGCACACUGAACCAGCUCGGUGCUCUGGAACGAACCUCGGUGGAGGAUGAACAGCCGGGGAGGCGUAAGCGCAUGUUCGAUGACGUUGACGAUCACGAUGAAGAGGAGGAGGCGGACGAGGAAGAGGAGAGUUCGCGUGCCAACGCGUCGUUCGAACCGGCUCUACCAGGAGACCUUCAGCUUUCGUAUGAUAUUGCAAAAUUGACGGAGAAAAUCCUCAAACUUCAGUCACAGGAGACAAUCUUGGAAACGCUGAUACGCAAGGCCGAGUUGACAGGAGAUGGACAAGAGCUACGCCUGUUGAACAAGUCUAAAUCGGCAAUGGGCCGGGAAUUGCGAGCACUUACGUUCCAACGAGCACAAUACGAAGAACAAGAGGCGGAGAAUAGGCUAGUUCCCGACCGCACAAGAGUUGCUAUCAGAAACACAUCUUCGACAGAGGAAGAUGGGAAGUCUGUCACACGAUACCUCAUAGAGGUUCAACAACUUGCGGUCGAUGGAACCUUUGCUUCCGGCUGGAUUGUUGCCAGACGAUACAAUGAAUUUUUUGCCAUGCAUCAACGCCUCAAGGAGAAGUAUGUGGCUGUUAGGGCCCUGGAGUUUCCUGGAAAGCGUCUGGUUACCUCCAUGUCAAAUUCCUUCGUCGACUCUCGAAGAGUAGGGCUUGAGAAGUAUAUGCAGCAUCUCAUCAGUAUUCGCCUGGUUUGCGAAAGCGAAGAACUCCGUGCAUUCCUCUCACGCAAGUCGCCAAUGGUUGCCUCUCAACCUGUCACAAAUGUGAAGACUUCCGUCUUCUCUGAUGGUGGGAUCGUGCGAACAAUGUAUCGGUCCGUGACCGAGAGCAUCGACGACAUUUUCUUUGGGCCAUCCAUGUUGGACGUCAUGAUCCAGCGUCUCAGCCGUCAGGUGGCCGACUUUGCGGGUAUCGCGGGGCCUGGCGUAAACGACGAAGAUCUGAUCGCACAAGCUAUUGCCUCGAGCAAGGAUGCACCGGAGAUCACUCUUUCUAAACUUCCCGGAGAUCUCAAGCCCCUCGAAGGCGAAAGUGCAGUAUCAUCCUUUACUGCUCCUAUCUGCGACUUGAUCCUUGCCGUAUUUGAGCUCGACAAGAAGAACAACUGGCUCCGACGUCAAGCUAUUGUGAUAAUCCUGCAGCAGGUCCUUGGCGGUACAAUCGAGAGGAAACUUAGAGAGGUGGUUAAAGGCAAUACGGAUGAGGCCCAUCUCUUACAGUAUAUUGGCCACUUCAACCAAGCAUUAUGGCCUGGAGGGAAGCUCAAGCCUCCUGGGAUACCGCGGACCAAGGAUGAGAAGACAAAAACGCGAGACGAGGCAAAUCGCAAACUCACAACGCUUAUGCCAGAUUUGGCCGCUAACAUGAUUGGGCGCUCCAAUGCUCGACGAGGCGCAAGGCGAAUGUUUGCUGUCCUGCAGAAUAAACGUCUCAAUCAACAUUUAGUGUAUACCGUGUUUGACGAGGUUAUCGCCGCUCUCUUUCCUGAGGCAGUCUUUUCGCCGUCAUAA